ACCCCCGGGUCAUGCUCAGACAUGCCGCGGCCAGCGGAGGAGCUAAGCCCCGACUUGCCUUCGUCUGGCGACGUUAUUUAAAGGCGGCCCGGCCCCGCCGCUUCAUGCCAGUGCAGCAGCUCAGCCGCGCGUGCGCCCGCCCGCCAGGAGCGCCCAGGCAAAUGUGCAACACCAAGAUGUCAGCUGGGCCGGACGACUGCCCCGGCGCCUCUGCCAUUCCCCCCGCCGAUCAAGAGGCACUGUUUAAGCCGAAGCCACUAUUGUUGAAGUUGUUAAAAUUUGCUGGUGCCCAAAAAGACACUUUUACAAUGAAAGAGGUAAUAUUCUAUCUUGGCCAAUAUAUUAUGUCUAAACGAUUAUAUGAUGAAAAACAGCAGCAUAUUGUCCACUGUGCAGAUGAUCUUCUUGGAGAUCUAUUUGGGGUACCAAGCUUUUCGGUAAAAGAACACAGGAAGGUAUACUCCAUGAUUUCCAGUAACUUGAUAGCAGUCAGUCAACAAGAGUCUAUGGAAGCAAACACAUCUGAGAAUGAGACCAGGUGUCAACUUGAAAAAGGCAAUGUUCUAAAGGAAUCCAUGCAAGAGUUAGUUGACGAAAAACAGACAUCCCCAAAUUUGACUUCUAGACCAACUACCUCUUCUAGGAGGAUGCUCAGUGAAUCUGAAGAAAGUUCUUCAGAUGAACAACCUAGUGAAAGAAGAAAACGGCAUAAGUCAGACAGCAUUUCGCUCACAUUUGAUGAAAGCCUUUCUUGGUGUGUUGUAAGUGGGCUAUGCUGCGAAGGAAGCAACAGCAGCGACUCAAUAGACUCUGCAAGUCCUGAUCUUCAUGCCAGUUCAUUAAGCGAAAACUCUGAUGAUUGGUUUGACCAGAGUUCUGUUUCAGACCAGUUCAGUGUUGAGUUUGAAGUUGAGUCCAUUUAUUCAGAAGAUUAUAGCCAUAAUGAAGAAGGACAAGAGCUCACAGAUGAAGAUGAGGAGGUAUAUCAAGUGACGAUAUAUCAGACUGAAGAGAGUGAUGCUGAUUCAUUCGAUGAAGAUCCUGAAAUUUCACUAGCUGAUUAUUGGAAGUGCACUAAAUGCAAUGAAAUGAACCCUCCCCUUCCGCGGCAUUGUCCCAGAUGCUGGGCUCUUCGUGAGGACUGGCUUCCUGAUGAAAAGAAUGACAAAUCUGAAAAGCGAAAAUUAGAAAGUUCCACACAGCUAGAGCAUGAAGAGGGUUUUGAUGUUCCCGACUGUAAGAAAGUGAAAAUGAAUGAAGAUAAAGAACUAAGUGUUGAAGAAAGUGAGGAUACAACAGCAGAAACUUCUGAAUCCCAGGAAAGUAAGGAAUACUCUCAGCCAUCUACAUCUAGCAGUAUCUUUUGUAGCAGCCAAGAGGAUUGCCAAGAACCUGAGAAAAAAGAGACAGAAGACAAAGAGGAAAGUAUGGAAUGCAGUCUACCCCUUUCCAGCAUAGAGCCCUGUGUCAUAUGUCAGAGCCGACCUAAAAAUGGCUGUAUAGUUCAUGGCAAGACAGGACAUCUUAUGUCGUGUUUUACUUGUGCAAGGAAACUGAAAAAGCGGAAUAAACCCUGUCCCGUCUGUAGACAGCCAAUUCAGAUGAUUGUGCUAACUUAUUUUAGUUAGAAGGAACUUCAGCAUAACUGUGCAACAUAGCUUCAACAGACCUUCUAUACAGGCUUUCUUACAAACUUCUAUAGACUUGAACAAUUAAGAGAGUAAGAAACUAUUUUUGUAUGUUUAACUAAAGACAUAAUAUUUUGCGUGAUUUUUCUUUCUUUUGAGUUUAAUGAAAAGUUGAUCUUAAAAAAAAAAAAAAUUGCACUGAAAUUGAUAGUUUUCUUCAUUAGGCAUUUGGGGGGAUUUUAAAAUACCCAAAUUCCUGAAAUUUAUUUCCAUGUUAAGGGAUCUGUCACAACAAGACUUGCACAUCACAAGCAGAUCAGUAAUGACACUUGUACAACUGUAUAGAAUAUCCAUUUUAAAAUAGUGAAUUUAAUGCUUUUGAGAAAUGAGUGAUCUCAAGUUUCAUUAUUGUGAAAAUCAGUUUUCUUUUGCUCAGUAAGAAUUAAUAGAAUUUAUAAUUUCAACCUUCCCAUCUUUCUACAAAUUCCAGUAUCUGUUUCUUAGUCAAGUCAUUGGGGAAAAUCAGAACUUCUUAAGAAAUCCCUAGGAAAAUUCCUAUUUUGAAAAAUAAAAUUUUGACUUGGUCAUUGCUGAGAAUUGAAUUUAUCUAUCAAAGUAGGUAAAUUGGGGGACAUAUUUCUGAGACUACUUCAGAUCACCAGAAGAUGUGAACGCAGCACAGUGAUAUUUUGCAUAAGGGUUGUUUUUUAGUUCAGUAGUUUUUUUUUUUUUUUUUAAUUGAAUCUGUGAUUCUUUGUUUUGUAAGGUUUUUCUGAAUAUUGAAGAGUUGUGAGGUGGUAGAUUGGCCAGUUAUAUAUUGAAAUCAGACAUUUAAUAUAAAAUGUUGAUCAAAAUUUUUUGGGAAAAAAAAUGAAAAAUCUGUAAAAUUAAAUAUCCUUAAAA